AGAAGUGAAGCAAUGACAAUAAUAAUUCUGAUUCCUCUCCUCACUUUUGGGUAUUGGCUUUCAAAGUGAUUGCUGACUCCUCCUUUGUUCUGCUUUCCUUCCCACAACAGACACGUUCGCCCUGUAAUCCUAUAUUCUGUUCCUCUCUUCCUUUAUCUACUCAAUCAAUCCCCAUAACCCCAUUCAAAGCAAAAUCAUUUAUCUUUUUCCUGUUAUGGAAAUUCAACAACAAGCCAUCAAGUCUAGGUUCAGACGCAUCUGUGUCUACUGUGGCAGCAGACCUGGAAAGAACCCCAGCUACCAACUCGCUGCUAUCCAACUCGGAAAACAACUGGUUGAGAGGAACAUUGACUUGGUUUAUGGAGGUGGAAGUAUUGGCUUGAUGGGUCUGAUAUCACAAGUUGUCUAUGAUGGUGGACGCCACGUGUUAGGAGUGAUUCCCAAAACACUUAUGCCCAGAGAGAUCACUGGAGAGACUGUAGGAGAAGUAAGAGCUGUAUCAGGCAUGCACCAACGCAAGGCCGAAAUGGCUCGACAAGCUGAUGCAUUUAUUGCCAUGCCAGGUGGAUACGGCACCCUCGAAGAACUAUUGGAAAUAAUCACAUGGGCUCAACUUGGAAUCCAUGAUAAACCGGUGGGGUUGUUGAACGUGGAUGGGUACUACAACUCGCUGCUGGCAUUCAUGGACAAAGCUGUGGAUGAAGGUUUUGUAACACCAGCUGCCCGUCAUAUUAUUGUUUCUGCCCACACUGCCCAAGACCUCAUGUGCAAGCUUGAGGAAUAUGUCCCUAAGCACUGUGACGUGGGCCCCAAGCUAACUUGGGAGAUGGAGCAACAGUUAGUUAACACAGCAAUGUCAGAUAUUUCUCGUUGACAUAAUAAAUUCAAUCUUCUACAAACACACUAAUGCACAAGGACUCUAGAUUUAGUACAUAACAUCUACCUCAAAAACAAGCAAAAUUCGACCCGACCCAUGUUCAAGUAAGCUCCACAGAAUAGGACGACCACAGUCCUUUUUAGUUUAGUUGUGGAUCUGAUCAUUUCAACCAUCACUGAAUUUUCAUUUUCCCCCCUUGUUGUCUACGGUUCUGGUUCAAGAUUCACUGUGUAAUUUCUUGCUUUUUUUUUUUUUUUUCUUGGUUUGCUUUUAUGGUUUUGAGUCUUUUGACUAUGUAUUGUAAUCUCACUCUUUAUUACAAACUAAUUGUGCAUUAGAAUUUUACCUGGAUGA